AUGAAGGCGAUGUUCGACCGUGUGUGGCAUGUUGUGGCGCCGGAGAGGACUAGGGUGUUCCUUUGGUUAGUCGUGCACCAGGCUAUCAUGACCAACAUGGAGAGGCAGAGACGGCAUCUCAGUGAUACUGGCGUUUGUCAAGUCUGCCGAGGCGGAGAGGAGUCUAUCCUCCAUGUUUUGCGUGAUUGUCCGGCGAUGGAUGGGAUUUGGAGACGAAUUGUGCCAGCACGGAGGCGACAAAGCUUUUUUGAAGCCCCACUGCUAAGUUGGGUGUAUGAGAACCUGGGUAAGGAUGACGAGAUGGGAGGGUACAGUUGGGCUACGGUCUUUGCAAUGUCGCUCUGGUGGGGUUGGAAGUGGAGAUGUUGGAAUGUUUUUGGCAAGCAGGGGACCUGUAGAGAUCGCGUACAAUUUCUCAAAGAUCGCGCUCGAGAAGCUUCUACUGCGCAUGAGAAGGUACGUAUCCAGGGCCGUAGGGGAGAGAGAGUAGAGAGACAGAUAGCGUGGGUUCCACCGGAAAGUGGAUGGUGGAAGAUGAACACUGAUGGAGCAUCCAGAGGGAAUCCCGGCCUAGCGACAGCAGGAGGUGUUCUCAGAGGAGCGAACGGAGAAUGGAUAUGCGGUUUCGCUCUCAAUAUUGGGAUUUGCUCUGCUCCUUUAGCAGAGUUAUGGGGCGUAUACUAUGGCCUCCUAAUGGCAUGGGAGAGGCGGGUCCAGAGGUUAGUUUUGGAGGUUGACUCAGAGAUUGUGGUUGGGUUUUUGAAUGCAGGGAUUAAUGAUUCUCAUCCCCUGUCCUUCAUAGUACGACUGUGCUAUGGCUUCUUAUCUAGGGACUGGCUAGUCCGGGUUACAGAUGUCUAUCGAGAGGCAAAUCGCGUGGCAGUUGAGCUAGCGAAUCAUGCUUUUUCUUUGCCCUUAGGUUUUUUUUCUUAUUCUUCGCCUCCUGCUGAGAUUUCAGUUGUGUUGACGGAUGAUGCUUUAGGCUCUUCACGAGCACGUUUUGUAAGACGUUGA